GCGCCACCACUGUUCAUCUCCCCCCAAACCAAACCAAUAAUUUGGGGAAAAAUCUCCAACUGCGGCGGCCGCCGGAAAAUAAAAGAAAUAAUUUGUCCCGAUUUUCUUCCACCCCCAAUUCCGACUCGCCGGCGGCGGCCCGGUCUCGCCGGAACCCUAGCCGAGGUGGGGGAUAGUUCCGUGCAGUGCUCGAGCGCUCGCUUCGAGCGGCGAGCUCGGCCGCCGCGGAUCGCUGGAGCCCGAGGGCGGCGGCGCCGCCUAGGGUUUGCUCUUCCCCGGUGCUGCUCGGCGGGAUCGUUCCCGGGUCUGCAUUUGGUGCCGCCGUCGGCGAGAUGCAGCCGCCGCACAAGAAGUUCGCGCGCGCCGACACGCUCGAGCUCAAGGCGCAGAUCGUCAAGCGGCUCGGCCACCAGCGCGCCGAGCUCUACUUCCACAGCCUCAGGAGGUUCCUGGGCUGUCAGCUCAGCAAGGACGAGUUUGAGAAGAUCUGUGUUGCUGCGUUCGGAAAGGAGAACAUCAAGCUCCACAAUUUCCUUGUUCGAUCCAUCCUUGGCAAUGCGUGCACGGCAGAUGGGCCGCCGCUGAGCAAGCAGGCGCCCACCGGGAACUCACAGACGAGCACCGUGUCCAAUGGGACGCUGACCAACAGCUUGCUGCCGGCGAGGAGAGGAAGGCCUCUGGCUAAGAGGUUUGGUGACAAGCCAAGCCCGAUCGGCAAGUCUCCUCUCGGUCCUCCGGGGGCUGGGGAGUUUGUGUCAGCUGGUAGCAAGGCGCUGCAGGAGGUUAUCUCUGUGGAGGAUGGCGAGGAGGUCGACCAGGCCCGGGGUAGCCCGGUCUGCGUGCAGAGCCAGAGCCCGAUCAGGGCUCCGCUGGGAGUUCCGAAGGCUCAGAAUCCUCAGCCUUCGACGUCUUGCUCUUUAGAUGUGUGCUACAAUAGUGGUGAGUUGCCAGAUUCUCAGUCGCUGUCCAAGCUACUUGAGGAUAAGUUGAAGGCUCAAGGUCUCAGCAUGCCCAAAGAGUGUGCUGAUGUUUUGAACUCUGGGCUGAAUGUGUACAUGAGUCAGAUGCUGAAGGCUUGUUUAGGUGUUGCGAGAGCAAGGGGAAACAACAUGAGGAUGCGCCAACCAAGUGGGUGUACUGCUGCUGCUGUAAGUAGUGGGCGGAAUAACAGCUUUCCCUCGGAAUCAGGCUGUUCUUACCAAGCUUCGUUGCUUGAUCUUUGGGCGGCAGUGCAAUCCAAUGGUCGAUUAGUGGGACAUGGUCUGCAGCGGGAGAAGAUUGCUUCUCAUCUCCAGAACAGUUGAUUGAAGGCAGCUAGUUUUCCUCUGAUUUGUAUCAGACCUUAUGUUGGACAAGUGUAGGAAGUAUAUUGCAGCACCAUUAUCUUGCUGUAGAAGCUAUAGGUAGUUAGGUUGAGGUAAAAGUGGAGUUUGAGUGUAGGGCUGGGUAGUGUACCCAUGGUUGGUGAGGAUGAUACUUCUUAGGAUGCAGUACAUGAUAGUGACCAGUGAGCUUCAUUUACCUGUGAUUAUUCACAAAAAUAAUAAUAAUAAUAAUAAUAAUAAAAGAUUCUGGAAUC